AUGUUACUUUCCCCCAUCAUCACCAACGCCCCUCCACUCUCCAUUCUCUCCCUCGACGCCAGCCAGCUUGGCGCUGGCGGGUAUACCUAUCGCCAACUUUCGCCACCUCAAACACCCGCCAAACCCGUGCAACUCCGAUCGUUGUCGAAUGCCGGCCAUGUCAUUGGCCAGAGGAACAGACUGGAGCAUGUUGCCUCGACUAGCCUGCCUUCGACUGAAGUUGUCGUCGGGUGCCUGUCCGUCGGCCUCCCGUCUUCAGCCUUCGUUCUGGACUUAAUAUGCGCCAGGGACAAACGACCUACCCAGAAAGCUGUCGAGUACGCCAACGUCACCGCCGCCCUCAAGCGUAAACGACGUGCCACCGACGACGACGAAUCGGAGAGUGGCGAUGACGACUACGUGGACAACGACCCCGAUGACAGCUCUAACCCCACGGGAAAGAGCCGGUCCACUCCCGCUGCGGUCAUCGAUGUCGACGAGGACGACGAGGAAGACCCCAGCUCGCAAGAAGACACCGCCGACGCUCAACCACGCCGCCAAAAGGAAAGUCGGGCGCAGAAGGACAAGCGCACCUUUAACGAGCGAUACGAUGUUGGAAACUCGACAAACCAAGAAGUUCUAGAGAAGCAGAUGGGUCAAUGGACCUCGGAGGUGUACCAGCACUUCCACCUACCUCCGAAGAUAAUUAUCACCGCCGAAAAGAAAGUGAAAUACGCCUUCCAGUGUAAAACCAAUCCCUCUAUCGUUGUCCGACGCAGCCGCGAUGACAACUCGACCAGCAACCUCAACAAGCACAUUGAGCGUUGCGUACCAACACCGACAUCACAAACGCAGACGCUCGAGACUUUCGCCCACGGCUCCACCUAUAGUGAGGCGAAGCAUCGUGUCAACAUCACGCUCUGGGCUGUCCGUCGUCGUCGACCGUUCGCCAUCGUCGCCGACCCCGAACUUUUACAAGUGUUCACGGAUCUGCGUGCUGACUGUGUCACACCCAAGCCCUGGACUGUUUCUCGAGAUGCUCAGGAGAUACACAAGAUCACCCGUGAGUCCUUGAUUGAGUGGUUCCAGAAAUUCAAAGGAAGAUUGCACGUUGGCGCAGAUGGUUGGACCUCUCCCAACGUCAUCUCCUUCAUAGGUGCUACGGUUCAUUUUGCGGUCAAGGGGAAGAUGGAGUCCUUCGUGCUCGAUUUCAUCAAGUGCACGAAGGCCCAUACCGGUGUUUACCUGGCUGGUCGCAUUGCCGAAUGUCUAAAGGCCUAUGGCAUCGAUAGAAAGGUCCUCGGGUUUGUCUGUGAUAAUGCUAGCAACAACGACACCCUCGUCACCGAACUCAAACGUUUAGUCCCAACUUUCUGUGGCUCAAAGUAUCGUAUUCGAUGCUUUGCACAUGUCAUCAACUUGGUCGCUAAGGCGAUGCUUGCUCCAUUUUCAGGCAAGGCAACAACGACCAUUCCGCUCGAAGACACCAGUGCACUCGACACCAUGCUCGCUGGCCUUGAGGAUGCGGAAGGAGAGGGUUUGUUUGGUGAUGAAGACGACGAGAGUGAGUCAGAGUUGGAGGACGCAGGCUCGGAUGAUGAAGCCAGGAUUGUGGAGGUGCCCGACGACGAUGAGGUGGCGCCUGAAGUUGCCUCCUUUGAUGACGACAUGCUGAUGGAGGUCGAGAAGGCUGCAGACGUUGACGUCUCCCUCCCUGCUCUGUCGUUGGCCGAUGCAAAGGCGGGACAGAUCGUGUUAACGAAGCUUCGCAAACUUGCUAUCAAAAUCUUUCAUAGCCCUACCAUCAACGAAGAGCUUCGGAAGGCAUGUAAGCAGCACAACGUCAAGUAUCGUCGCAUUGUCCGCGACGUGGCGACUCGGUGGAAUAGCACCACCGAGGUCAUCAAAUCCGCCCUCGACCUCAAAGAACCACUGAACCAGCUUGUGGUGCAGACCCAGUUUAAUAAGGCGGGAGGUGUCCGACUACAGCGAUUCAGUCUCGACAACACCGAGUGGGAGAUCUUGAAACAGUUGGGUCCCAUGCUUGAUAUGCUUCUGUAUGUUACAACCGAGGUCUCGAAAACCUCGGUACCCCUGAUCCACGACGUCAUUCCUUUCAUCGAUUCUUUGACGUCGUGGUUCGAGGAUUACAUCCGUGACAUUGAUCUCCACCCCACUGUUCGACAUGCUGCCCUUCGUGGCAUGCUGAUGAUGAACAAGUACUAUGCUCGCACCGAUGAGGCCGUCAUCUUCCUGCUCCACCCUCGAAUGAAGGCCAAUUACUUCACUCGCCACAAAUGGCCGGCAGCUUGGAUCACCGAGGCGAAGGAGAUCACUCGCAGGGAGUGGUUAGAUAAUUACAAGACUGCCUCGAGUGCUACGUCAGCUCGAAAUACGCCGGCGGCUGCCCCGGUUGAUGCUCAGUCAGAUAGGUUUUCGAAGGCUCGUCAGCGAGUGAAUGAGUACCGUGACAUGGCACCUGACGACGACGAGGUGGAUGCGUUGGAGGAGUGGUUGUCGACCCCUCCUGUGAAGACCAAACUUGACCCUAUCAAGUAUUGGUUUAAGCAGAAACAGGACGGCCACCCCCUUGCGCAAAUGGCGCUAGAUUUUCUCUCUGCCCCCGCUACGUCUACCGAUGCCGAACGAGCAUUCUCGCGAGGGGGGCUCACAGUUUCAAAGCUGCGACAUGCCCUUUCAGCAAAAUCUGUUCGGGCAACGACUGUCUUAGGUUCGUGGGCUGAGCAUGACUGGGUGAUUCCUCGUGCAAAGCUUUACGAGCACUUCAAAACUAAGAAGCGACGGCCUAAGAAGAAGGCCAAAUUGGAUGAGUCUAUUGCAGGGAGUAAUGUCAUUACAGUAGAAUAG